CGGUGGGGUGCAUCGGGCCCUGGCAGCUCGAGUGAGCAGUCAUACCGUUUCAGAUAAACAUACAUAUCCCUGGAUACUCCCUUGGUCUUGCCUGCGGAUCGUCGUGCUCCUCGCGUUCAUUCAUGUUCUCCUUCACGAACACUGGAGUGACUUAACCGCCGAUCACUUGAAGGGUCUAAUAGCAUUGGCUUCCCAUUGCCGCCGAUGGCUGUCAAGGAGAGACUGUAUCCGGUGCAGCGCAUCGAGUCGCUCCCAGACGACGAUGGGAAAUAUCUGGACACCGUCAUUGUCGACGGCAACGAGGCCUUUGAGGAAGCCUUCUUGAAGGAACCGCCUCGAAGAUUCGCAAGCGGACAGCUGUGGCUCUUUGCCUUCUCUGCCAUCGGUUUCCUAUGCAGCACCAUGAAUGGCUAUGACGGCUCGCUCAUCAACAAUUUGCUCCAGAACCCUUGGUUCAAAGAAAAGUAUGGGGUCCAGAACGAUGGCCUGUGGGCUGGCAUCGUCUCGUCCAUGUACCAAAUCGGCGGCAUCGUCGCCCUACCGUUUGUCAGUCCCUGCGUGGACGGCUUUGGUCGAAGGGUAGGCAUGCUGAUCGGUGCUGGCCUGGUCGUCGUUGGCACUGUCAUUCAGGGCUUUUCGCACGCUCCCCCUCAGUUCAUGGGUGGUCGCUUCCUUCUCGGUUUUGGCGUCGCGAUUGCAUCGGCGGCUGGGCCAAUGUACGUUAUCGAGAUCAACCAUCCCGCGUACCGCGGUGUGCUUGGAGCCAUGUAUAACACCCUUUGGUUCAGCGGCUCCAUCAUGGCCGCUGGCGCAUCGCGCGGCGCCCUGAACACCGGAGGCGAUUACUCCUGGCGUCUUAUUACUUGGCUCCAAGCCCUGUUCAGUGGCAUCAUCGUCUUGUCCUGCAUGUGGAUGCCCGAGUCGCCACGCUGGCUGUACGUCAACAACAAGAAGGACAAGGCCAGGGAGAUCCUCACGCGGUAUCACGGCCACGGCGACCCACGAUCGCCAUGGGUAGCCCUCCAGCUGCAUGAAUACCAAGAGCUGCUCAACAUGGAUGGCGCCGACAAGCGCUGGUGGGACUACCGUGUUCUCUUCAACACGGGCGCCGCCCGCUACAGACUUCUCUGCAGCAUCUCCAUGUCAAUCUUUGGGCAAUGGGCAGGGAACUCUGUCUUGAGCUACUUCCUUUCGUCUGUCCUCGACACUGCUGGCUACGAGAAUGAGAUUGAACAAGCCAACAUCACCCUCAUCAACAAUUGCCAGCAGUUCGCCUUUGCCAUCCUCGGCGCCACACUGGUUGACAGGAUCGGUCGCCGACCAUUGCUCCUCUUCUCCUUCUCAGCGUGCACAAUUGUCUGGCUUGGGAUGACAAUCGCGUCGUCACAGUUCCAGGCCUCCUAUAUGGGGGACGAUGCGGAUGGCAAGGCCUUGUACGGCAAUCACGCAGCGUCCAAGGCCGCGUUGGCCAUGAUCUUUGUGUUUGGCGCCGUCUAUUCCGUUGGCAUCACGCCUCUGCAAGCCUUGUAUCCAUGUGAGGUCCUGUCGUUUGAGAUGCGCGCAAAGGGAAUGGCCUUUUCGAAUCUCGCUGUCAAUGCCGCGGGCAUGCUAAACCAAUAUGCCUGGCCCGUUUCCAUGGACAAGAUUGGGUGGAAGACGUACAUUGUCUUUACAAUCUGGGACGCUGUUCAGGUGAUGGUCGUAUAUCUACUCCUCCCCGAGACCAAAGGCCGCACUCUUGAAGAACUGGACGAAAUCUUUGAGGCAGACAGGCCUGUCAAGAUGUCGACGGCGAGGAAGGAACUUGCAUUCACCCGUGCUGGCGAUGUUAUUGAGAUCAAGGGCGUUUAAAAAAAAGGCUUGUCACAGAUCAUGACAGGCUUUGGCCACACCACAACCUAUCCAUUCUUUAUUGUAGGGGUAGUUUUCAUAUAUCAAUAGCGUUGUUAUUCUAGCAGUAAAAACUCCUACCUUUUCUCAGUGCGACAAUUGAACAAUAGGACAUUGAAUGGUUUCUUGGAAGCAAAACGAAAAAA